AUGGUUUGCAGACCUACAACCGUGUCCUCGGCAGCAUCUAGUUGUCAGAUCGUCCGUACGGAGAUGAACCACGAAAACGAUCCAAUGAACGAUGAUGGAUUUGAAUUCCAUUUAUUCACAAAUCCUUACUCGCCGCCUGGUCAACAGCCAUCCACAACACAUUCACCAACCAAUCCAUUCCGAUGGUCGCAAGUCUACACACCACUGCCGCAAUCCCCAGCAGCUACUGAGGCUAAUAAUCAGUCUCCUCAAUCACCGUCUCAGGAUGUCGAUUCUAGCAUGCAUUGGUCGCAGGUCUUCACCCCGCCUCAAUCUCCUGCCGCGGUGGCACAGUCUGCUGGUGGUGGUGCACAACCCGCGAAUAAUAAUCAACUAAACGCCGAUGCGGCUGCAGCCAUUGCAGCGAAUAUGGUAUCGGACAAAGAACUGCUUAGUCCGGCUGUUCAAGAGCAAGCCGGAACGUCUAGCCCCCAGCCAGGACCGUCAGCGCCUCCAACCAUACACGACUGGUCUGAUACGUUUACGUUAAAAAAGGUGGCCCACAACCGGAACAAGAAAUUCAACCACGAUCAGUACUUUUACAGCCUAAAGAUCAAAUCGCUCCCGCAAGAGUUUGACACGGUGACGUCUUUGCAAGCGCUUCCGGAAAUUUUUCAGGCCGUAUGGGAGCUUUGCUCGAAAGAUUUCAACCCCAGUGAUGCUGUCUGUGUGACGAUAUUUACGAAAACCAUGGAAAAUCCCAUGCAUCUCAAGAUGCAGUUUUUCAGUAAUUUUAAUCCGCGUGACCUGACAGAAAUGGUGAUGAAGAUAAACUCUGGUGGCCUUUUUUGUAUCGACGACUCGUUGCGCUUGAUUAUUCAGCGUACCGUUAUCCCUGCCGGAGGCGCUGCGAAGCGUAAGCAUAUUCACUCAUCACACGACCGGAAAAGGUUUGCACGAUCUAUUGUGCAGGUGAAUGUGGGAAAAAAUCUUUGUUUGCCAGCUUGCCUUGUCCUCGGGCAAUGUCAUCACGACCCGAACAAGGAUCGCGCGUACUGGCGCACUCUCACCAAUAAGACCAGCUUGAAAUUAGAGAAGAAAGCCUGUGAACUUGUUAAUGAAGCAGGUCUGGAUGUCGGGAAAAAAUUCUCAAUCCUGGACAUUGAUAAAUUCCAGAAGACGGUCUUGAAGGACUACCAGAUCAAGGUAGUCGGGGCUGAGCAAGGAAAUAUAGUGAUUGCCAAAUUCCCCGAAAAGCAAGAGAAGCGCAAGGUCAUUUAUUUACUCUACGAAGAUGGCCAUUUUGAUUUAAUCACCACACCGUCUGGAUUUCAUCAGCGUGCAUAUUAUUGUCACAGCUGCGAUAAGGCCACCGACCACAAAGAAGAGCACCGCUGUCCAGGAUAUUGUCCAAAAUGUUAUCGGCCCCGAGAGCAGUGCCCGGAACCGGAGCCAAAGGAUCGCGUGUUCUGUCAAAAGUGUAAGCGGGAGUUCAACAACAACGACUGCUUCGACAUUCACGAAAAGCAGCGUCAGAACGGACGCACCUAUUGCCAGGAUUUGUUUAUAUGUCCCAAGUGUGGAGUUUUUGUCAGUUUCCUUACUCGUAAAUUCAAAAUUCAUGAAUGCGGUGAGAUGUUUUGUCACCCAUGCCAAGAGUGGGUGAAACAGGCUACCCACAAAUGUUACCUGAAACCGUUGGAACCACGCAUGCACGGAGAGCAGAACCGUUUCGUUUUCUUUGAUUAUGAAACUUAUUUGGACACGGAAGGGAUACACAAGCCUUGUUAUGCAGUCGCGCAAUAUUCUACUGGAGAAGAGUUUCGGUUUCCGCCUGACGGGGUUCCGAUGGCAGGAUACGACGUUCAGAAAGAAUUUGGUGAAUGGGUUUUUUCCGAAAAGCAUCGUGGAGCCACAUUAAUCGCCCACAAUUUCCGUGGCUACGACGGACACUUCCUGUUAUCUUAUCUCAUUGAAAACAAUCUUAAAGGAGUGGAAGUCAUACGACGGGGGAGUCAGAUUCUGGACCUUCGGUAUCCUGCCCUAGAGAUCUGCGCUCGUGACACCUUAAACUUUGUCAUGACAAAACUUUCGAACUUUCCGAAAGCCGUGGGUCUAGCCGAAUGCGAGCAGAAGGGGGACUUUCCCCACCGUUUUAAUAAGCCGGACAAUUGGGAUAAAGUUCUGCCGUUUCCAGACCUUGAAGACUACAUGAUCGAUGGUUUGAACCGCGCGGAUAGACGAAAGUUUGAACAGUGGCACACCGAGGAAAAACACGCGAAAGGUGUUUUUGAUUUUCGUGCGGAAAUGGCAGGCUAUUGUUCGAAAGAUGUUACAAUCCUGAGGAAAUGUGCUCUGCAGUUUCGAGACAACUUUAUUGCCAUGACGAACGUUGAUCCUUAUCAAAGCGUUACGAUCGCUGCUGCUUGCUCAACUUAUUUCAAGACUAAAAUUCUUAAAAAGAAGGAAAUUGCUGUCAUAUCCGCAAACGGAUACCAGCCGAAUCGUAAGACAAGUGCAGAGGCGACUCAGUGGCUUGAAUGGCUACGGUUGGAACAUCCGAACAUUGAGCACGGACGGAACGGCAAAGAACGGAAAUUUGAUCGGUAUUUUGUUGAUGGUUUUGACCCUGAUACGAAUACGAUUUAUGAAUACAACGGCUGUGUCCACCACGGACAUCCUACGUGCACCAACGAAGAUGACCGGACACCGUUUUCGCUCAAGAAAAUGUCAGAAGUGUACGAGCAGUGGAUACGUAAGAAGCUAUAUUUGGAAGGAAUGGGGUACAAUGUGGAAGAAAAGUGGUCUUGCGAAUGGCUGCAGGAAAGAAAAGAUCCGGACAUCCAGCAGUUCCUGUUCAGUCAGAAUCUGCGCGAUCCUCUGCAGCCUCGUGACGCGUUUAAAGGAGGCCGCACCAACGCGUCAUGCUUAUUCAAAGAAAUUCAAGACGAUGAGCAAAUUCUUCACUACGACAUCGUUUCCCUGUACCCAUUCAUCAACAAGACAGCCGAGUAUCCAAUUGGACAUCCAAAAAUAAUCGUAUCCAACUUCAAACCCGUAACUGAAUAUUUCGGUCUUGUUAAAUGCAAGGUCCUGGCACCGACCAGGAUUCGAUACCCCGUGUUGCCAGCAACCGUAAACAAUAAGCUGAUAUUUACACUUUGUCGAACGUGUGCGGAAAAAGGGUUGAACGAUUACUGUUCGCACUCGGAUGAAGAAAGAUCAUUCGAAGGAGUGUUCUGUACUCCGGAAUUGCACAUGGCACUCAGACAGGGAUAUCAGGUCAAGGAAAUAUAUGAAGUGUGGCAUUGGAGUGAGACUCGGGUUGGCCUGUUCAAGGAAUACGUGGAUAAGUUUUACAAAGAGAAGUUGGAAGCCAGCGGAUUUCCUGCAGGCUGCACCACACAGCGACAGAAAGAGUUGUAUGUUCAAGAAGUUGCCCUCCGCGAUGGAAUUCUUCUCGAUAUCAAUCGUAUUGAAGAUAAUCCUGCCAGGCGCGCCGUUGCUAAACUCAUGUUGAACUCUUUUUGGGGAAAAUUUGGUCAAAGAGAUAAUUUGCAACAAACCGUGUUCAUCUUCUGCGUGAAAAAAUACCUCGAUCUGAUACGAUCCAAGUCCGUCGAAAUCCACAAUGUUCAUGCCGUCACUGCUGAGUGUAUGAUGGUAACUUACUCUCAGAAAGAUGACUAUAACGAAGGUAGCAACUGUGCCAAUCUCGCAAUCGCAGCAUUUACGACCAGUCAUGCCCGCAUCCAGUUGUUCAAAACCAUGGCCAAACUUGGCCCUCGGCUUCUCUAUUUCGAUACAGAUUCGGUAAUUUUUGUCCAUAAAGAAGGGCGUUGGCUUCCAGAUAUCGGCAGCGGUCUUGGCCAAUGGAGCAGUGAGUUAAAGCCAGAUGAGCACAUUGUCCGGUUUGUAUCCUGCGGUCCGAAGGUAUACAGUUACGAGACCAAUACCGGCCGAAUCCAGUUGAAGGUUAAGGGUAUGACACAGAACGGAUACACUGAAGAUAUCUUGAACGACGAUCUUCAGCGCACCGGACAGAAGCUGGAUUUCGCCAAACUAACCGAAAUCCUAGAGGGCGCUACGCUACCUGUUGUGUACCCAGAGUACAUUAAACGGAACUUUAAAGCACAAGAAAUUUCCACCAUUCGUCUUAAAAAGCAUCUACGUAUGGUGUACGACAAGCGUGUGCUACUGGAGGAUUUCACCACAGUACCUUUCGGUUUCAAGAACCCGGACCCGCAGCCACCGUAA